GGGCACAAGCGGCCGCACCCCGAGCCCGCCGCCCGCAUCGGCACCCACGACGGCACCUUCCACUGCGACGAGGCGCUGGCGUGUUUCCUGCUGCGCCUUCUGCCCCGCUACCGGGACGCSGAGAUCGUGCGGACGCGGGACCCGCAGCGCCUGGCCAGCUGCGACGUGGUGGUGGAYGUGGGGGGCGAGUACGACCCGGGGCGACACCGCUAUGACCACCACCAGAGGUCUUUCAAGGAGUCCAUGCGGAGCCUGCGGCCAGACAAGCCCUGGAGCACGAAGCUGAGCAGCGCCGGGCUCGUCUACUGCCACUUUGGCUCGCAGAUCCUGGCGGGGCUCCUGGGGCAGCCCGAGGACGGGCCCGUGGUCACAGCGCUCUAUGACAAGCUCUACGAGAACUUCGUGGAGGAGAUCGAUGCCAUCGACAAUGGGAUCGCGCAGGCAGAGGGGGAGCCCCGCUACGCCCUGACCACCACACUGAGCGCCCGCGUGGGGCACCUCAACCCACGCUGGAACGACCCCGAGCAGGACACCGAGGCGGGCUUCAGGCGGGCCAUGGAGYUGGUGGGCACUGAGUUCCUGGAGCGGCUGGAUUUUUACCAGCGGGCCUGGCUGCCCGCACGGGCGCUGGUGGAAGAGGCUGUGCAACGCCGCUUCGAGGUUGACACCAGCGGGCAGAUCCUGGAGCUGUCCCAGGGUGGCUGUCCCUGGAAGGAGCACCUUUUCCAGCUGGAGCAGGAGCUGGCGCUGCCCAGGCCGGUCCAGCUCGUGCUGUUCCCAGACCGGGGCGGGCAGUGGCGGGUGCAGAGCGUUCCCACGGCUCCUCACUCCUUCCAGAGCCGGCUCCCCCUGCCCGAGGCCUGGCGGGGAAUUCGGGACGAGGCGCUGUCCGAGCUGGCCGGAAUCCCCGGCUGCGUCUUUGUCCACGCCAGCGGCUUCAUCGGGGGGAACCGGACCCGGGAGGGGGCCUUGGCAAUGGCCCGGAGGGCGCUGCAGCUCGGGGGGGAUGCACAAAGAGGGUGAGCCCCCUCCCAAACGUGGUCACCCCAAAAGGGACUCUCUGGCUCGGUGUGGGGUCCCUGGGAUG